CAGAUUCAGCUGGUUAAAAAGAAGAGGAUGACAGAGAAAUAUAAGGAUAAGAAGAUGGCAGAUAAGGCAAAUGAAUCACUCUGCGUGUGUCACAAGUACAGCAGUCUGGAAGCGCUUUCUUUCGACGCACGUGUGAAAGGGCGCCUCAUAACGCUGAGUGAGGGCGGUCGACGGGCGACCAGGGACCGCUCGUCUUUCCGCAACGGUCUGGUGUUCAGCGGGAGACCGGUGAAGAUACGAGAGAAGGUGCGCCUGCUAGUGGUCGAGCACUCAAUGUGUGAAUGGCACGGCUCAGUGCGAGUCGGUUUCGCCAAUUGUUUACCAGAGCAGACACAUUUACCCUCAAUGGCUAUCCCAGAUUUAACCAAAUAUCCACAGUAUACAGCAGCUAUAGUUCCCGAGGACAUCUGUAGUCCUGGCUUAGAGUUCGAGUUCUGGCUUGACACGGAUGCACGUCUCUGCAUACGAAGCUCUGAUGGGACAUCAUACAUGAAGCGGACCACUCUGAAUAUCCACCGGCCCAUCUGGGCGAUAGUUGACGUCUAUGGAAAGACCAGCGCAGUGCUGCUGCUUGGUUCCAAAAAGAAGGGUCUGUUCUGGACUUAUAGGUCUUGUCCUGCUCUCACACACAUAAAACACACUAAAGAUAAUGGUGGCUACAAGGACAUCAACAAAGAAAUGCUGGACAGAAUGAAGAAUCAAAUGAGCAACCUUCACCUUGACAACAGAGAUUCAGACUCCGAGAACUGUGUCGUGUGUUACAGUGGGGUGUCAACAACUCUUCUGGGCUGUGGACAUAAAUGUGUUUGCGCUGUCUGUGCCUUGAAGGUUUACGAGAUGUUUGGGACCUGCCCCUUGUGUCGUCAGCGUAUAAGUUCCAUCAAGGUUUACUAGUGGGCAUAUGGCCUUUUUGUUGGAUUUUAUACAUUUCAGAACUGCUGUGAUGUUGGAUAUCGGUCUAUCACUACACCGUCCAAAUGUUGUACUACUCUCUCUUGUUACGACUACCUCUGUUCGGGAAGUCUCUUUGGAUAAAAGUGUCUGCAACAUGGAUGAAUGUUCAAUGCAAAUGUAAAUUUAUAAGCUGAUAAAUUGUCUAAAUAAAUUGUCACAAUCUGAUACACAUUAAAUAUGUGUAAGUAUGUACAUAUUUCAUAUGUUGAAUCUACUAUUGUAAAUAUCAAAAUCAUGCACCAUUUAAACUUCAUUAUUCAAUGUUGUAAGAUAUUUUUUUUUAUAUUUAU